AUGCCGGCGCAGAAGCGUCCCCCGCCGGAGCCGCACGACGAGCCCCGCUCCGGCGCUGACGAAGGCGGCGAUAACUCCGGUGGCGAGGACGACGGGGUCGGCAGCGGCUCUCCGUCUCCUGCUCCUCCCUCGGCGCAGCAGCAGCAGCGGCGGCGGCGGCGUCGUGGAGAUGAGGAAGGGGAGGAGGAGCAGAAGCAGGAGGUGGAAGGUGGAAGAGAGGAUGACAAAGAAGCAGUGCCGUCACAGGAAGAUCAGAAGGAAGGUAAAACGAUGUGUUUAGCCACUUUUUCUCUCUCUUUCUCGUUCGCUUGCUGUUUCUUCUGGAUAUCUCGUGGAGUUCUCCAUGGCGGGACUGACUGUUUGUUGUUGCAGAUUUAGAGGAGAAUGUUGACGAUGAAGGCAUCCCCUCUCCGUCCGGCGCGGCUGUUGAUGGGAAACGCGAGUAUGCGUUCUCUCUUCUCCCGGACUUCUGCUCCCUUAAGAUUGUUGCUCCGUUGCCGUUUUAGUGUUAGUGGGGACGCUGGCGCUUUUUCUUCUGUUUAUAUGAGCGCAUCGUUUUGCUUCUCUGCAUCGGGAUCCGCCUUACCCGUUCUUGUUGUUCUCACUUACUGAGCCUGUAGCAGGCGGAGUGCUUAGCAAGUUUCAGGUUGAUCACUUCUGGAUGUUUUUGCUUUUUUCCACGCAUUAAAAGACGUGGGUAAAUACUAGAGGUUGGAUAGCGUCUUUUUCCUUGGAUGUACUUUCAGGCUAGUGAUAUCGAAUUUAUCUGCGUGAAAGUUUGAACAUCCCGCAGGAUGUAUUCAUCGGAAGCUUGGAUAGUGUCUUUUUCCUUGGAUGUAUUUUCAUGCCAGUGAUAUUGAAUUUAUCUGCAUAGAAGUUUGAACGCCCCGCAGGAUAUAUUCAUCAGAAAUUUUAGUGAUCAUAAUAAUAUUAUGUAGCAUGGGUGCCUGAUGAUCUGGUCGUUAUGCAGAAUACAUCCAUUUUUGGAUGUACCUAGUUGACUUAAAUCGCCCAUUUUUGGUCCAUCUUAUGAUCAGCAGAGCUGCCAUCUAGAUUUAAUCACUAGUUAUAUGGACUUGUCUAAAGAGAAAUCAUCAGGUGCAAUAAAUGCUGGUGACGCUCUUCAGAACGACCCUCAACUUUUGUUGCUUAUAUGAUUGAUUCGGUGCUUUAGAGAGCAGCAUAUUUCGGUUGAUUACUUUUUAUUGCUAUGGUCUUCCUUAUUGCUUAAAUUCCUCCAUGUAGAACCUUUCCUUCUUCAUCUAUUUAAUUCCUUCCUUCCACUAUUCAUAUGUUAGUUUUUUCCAAAUUAUACGUAUUAUAUAAUAGUCUUUCAGCUACAUCAGGCUACAACACUAGUCGAAUUAUCUGUACAGUUCUAGUUUCUCUGCUUAUCUUUUAUUGCUUGAAAAAUUAUUAAAUUUGGUAUUAUUAGCAUAAUCUGGGCAGAACGCCAAAUGUAGCAUCCCAUUUGACUGUUCCACUGGUGUUUCCAUCUUCCAGAUGAUGCCAAGAAUGAACACAGGAAGGGUGGUUUUCUGACUUGGAUUUCCAAUACUAAAAAAUAUAUUGGCAUUAUUGAGUUGUAGAGAAGAUAGAUGAUGGUUGAGUCCGUUAAGAGAAGUGUCUCUGUGUAUAUGUGGGGGGUGGGGGCACAGGUCGAUCUGCUGUGUUUGCAUCUAGCUCUGCAUCUCUCAAGGCUGUAGGUGCUACUAUGCAUUGAAAGACAAGGACUGAUUUCAAGAAGUGGCCUAUUUUGGGAAAGAUCAAGGCAAACAUCAUAUUUAUGGCUAAUUACAUAAUAAUCAUGUAGGUGUUACCAUGUGAGUUAUUUCAUCCGAGUCCAUUGUUUUCUGGUUUACCCAUUGAGAUCCAUACAGGACUUGGCUUCACUGGGUGAGAAGCAGGCUAGCACACAAAUCCACAUUGGUACUUUGAAUCGAAAUACGUUGGAUACGGCCUGCUAAGUCGGUAAAAGUGACUUAUAGCAUUGAUCUGCUGACUUCUAAAGGUCAACGUUUUUACUUUCAAUCUGUCACUGGCAAUAUCUACCGAUCAUCAUUCUAUUUGACUGAAAUAACUAAGGCUAGCAUUAUUCAUAUCAUCUCGCCCAAAAAGGACAUCUCUGGGUAAUAUGAUGUUAAUAUAUUAGGUCUAGUAUUCUUAUAAAUAGCGUAAUUCAAGUAGUGCGGAUUGAUGGAACAAUUUGCGUCCACCCUGACGGAAUUAACAAAGCACUUUGAUGACGUGGACUUUAUCUGUAUCUUGUGCUGCUUCAUUCAUCAUUUCAUCUAAGGUUAUCUUUUGGAUCAUGUAUGCUUGUUUAUCCUACCUAGUCAUUUGCUUUCUUCCAGAGAAUUCUCUCUCGUUUACUUAUCUCCUAUUUCAUAGCCAUUUGCUUUCCUCCAAUGAAAUGUCUCCCGGGUUUUAUUUAUCUGCCAUAAAUGUACCCACGUAUGUCCUUGUGACCGUAAAUAAUGAUAUUGCUUAUGUUUUGCGCUUUUAGGUACGUCCUUAUUAAGCUUUCAGACAUUCGCAAGGAAGUUCAGUGUCCAAUAUGCUUGGGUAUGAGUUUAACUUUUCUGAACAGUUUUACAGCAGAUUAUUGAACUAGAAUCCCAUUUAUCUUGCCGUAUAACCCUCCAAUUCUGCGAAUGACAAUGAUGGCAUGUAACACAUAUCGGAUGCUUUUAGAUUAUUUAAAUAGCGACGAAUAUUUUCCUCUCUGCAGCAUAACGGUAGAAUGAUCAUCAAUGGCGCUCCGGGCCACCCUUCACACUUGUCAUCAGUUUAUUUCGCUGGAAGUUUCCUAAAUCCUAGGGAGGAGUUGACAAUUGUCAGACUUAAUACUAUGUAGUUAGAUGAUGAUGAGGAAAACCCAUGUAUCGACUGGCAUCAGUCAACUGAAGCAGUAUCAUGUAAAAUCUUGAGGAUCAUCUUCUUCCACUAGGUUGACUUAUUUUUCUACAAUGGGUUCUCCUGAAAAUCAUCCUCAUGCUUUGAACAUCUUAUCAUAUGGUGUAUUAAUUUUUUUUCCUUAUUGGGUAAUGUGUAACCACUCGAGGAUAAAAUCUCAAAGACGAUAGAACCUCAAAUUUGUGUUAUCUCUAUAAUUAUCCAUAUGGGACUAUUCUCAAUGGAUACCAGUAAAGUGGACGGCUGAAGAAAUAACUCAAGCUCUGUUGUAGCAAAGAAACGAAGCCAAGUCCACACAUGGCUUUAUGAACUUGAACUCCAACGGAUCCCUUUGUUUUUUUAUUUAUUUAUUAAAGCUAAGCUUGUAUGCUAAACUCCAAUGGCAUUUAGCAGUAAUGAUUGAAAGCAUUCUACACUUCAUGAAAGUCGCUGUAUAUAACAUAAUAUAUAAUACAUAUUUGAUUCACUUUUUAUUUUUAUUUUUUUAUAAUUCACCGGCUUUCUUUAUAUUGGGCCUGAUUGAGGCUACCUUGUUCAUCCUAGCUCCUUCAGAAAAAGUAUGAUCUAGAAUUACAAUUAUUGAACCUAGUUACCAUCUUAGGUAGUUCCAUUUAUCGCCUUUCACUGCCUUGUUUUUCGGUUUUUUUAUCUUUUGAAAUAUAGUUUUUAAUGACUCUCAUCAUCUCCUCUCUUCUAUGCUCGCCCAAGCAUACUAAGAAUAGUAGGAAUAAGAUAUCUUUAUUACAAAAAUUCGUUACAAUUUCGGACAAUUCCAUUGAAUGGUUUUAUUUUUUUAUUUAAUAUUGAAAUUGGUUACCAUCUUAGGUAAUUCCAUUUAUCGUCUUUCACUGCCAAUCUUUUCGGUUUUAUAUAUAUUUUUAAAAUAUUUAUUUUUGUUGUUCUCGUCAUCUCCUCUCUUCUAUGCUCGCCCAAGCUUACUAAGAAUAGUAGGAACAAGGUCGCUUUAUUAAAAAAAAAAUCGUCGUAAAUUAGGACAAUUCCAUUGAAUGGUUUUAUUUUUUUAUUCUUUAAUAUUGAAAUUGAUUACCAUCUUAGGCAAUUCCAUUUAUCGCCUUUGACUGCCUUUUUUCGUUUUUUUUAUUUUUUUAAAUAUAUCUAUUAUAGUUAUUCUCAUCAUCUCCUCAAGCUUACUAAGAACAGAAGGAACAAGAUCGCUAAAAAAUCGUCACAAUUUUGGACAAUUCCAUUGAAUGGUUUUAUUUUUAAUUAUUUUUAGUAUUUUUUUUAUAUAAGAACGCGUUUAUUGAUUUUAUCCUCAUCCUCCUCUGUAUGGCCUCAGGGAUAAUUCGCAAGACAAGAACAGUAAUGGAGUGCCUGCAUCGCUUCUGUAGAGAGUGCAUUGACAAGUCAAUGCGGCUCGGGUAAUUCCUUCCUCAUAGCUCUCGAAACCUCAUAUUCAUCCUCGUUUUGAUUCAUCUCAAGAACUUGUUCAAAUCCUUUUUCGGUUCAUCUUCGUCUUCGUCCUCAUAUUUAAGCUUCUUCUUUUUUUUUUCGUAAUCUAUAGAAUUUCUGUUUUUGGAAAGUUCUGAUUGAUCUUCGCGGUGGUGGGGUUCUUCUUACUCCAGCAACAAUGAGUGCCCGGCCUGCCGCACCCACUGCGCGAGCCGCCGAUCUCUCCGAGACGAUCCCAACUUUGACGCCCUCAUCGCCGUCCUCUAUCCAGACAUCGACCGAUAUGAACAGGAGGUCAUCAUCAUCCCCACUCCCCCGAUUCCCACUCUCAUAUUUCCUAAUCUGGACAAAAUCCUGAUCAAUCGUCUUCUUUGUUCUUCCCCCCAUUAGGAGCUCGCCUUCCAUGAAGCUGACCAGCUGAGGAACAAGAAGGCACUCCCCACUCUCUCUCUCUCUCUCUCUACAUUCUAUGCUCACUCUCUUUCUCUCUCCUCUGUGUGGUGGCAGAUUCAGGCUUCGAUCUCAGAGACGUACCAGCGGCAGUCGGAGGCGCUGGGGAAGAAGAAGUCGCUGGUGAAGGCCACGGCCGCCGCCUCCUUCCUGAGGAGACAAGGUCCUCAGCCGGGGAGCAGGAGCAGGAGCAGGAGCGCCGGCCGGGAGCCUCCCCUCGGGGGGUCCGACGAGGACGAUCAGGAUGGCCGCGGCAACGACGGAGCCAGGGAGUCCUCCUCCGCCGACGAGUCCUCGCCGGAUCUCCGGCAGAAGCGGCGGCGCAGAUCCGGCGGGCGGAUCUCUCCGGCCCCCUCCCCCGCCCCCGCCUGCGCCGACGAAGUACUCGUCUGGGGGAAGAACGGCGCUCGCAGCCAGUCCCGCCAUGGCAGCUCCGCUGGAUCCGCCGCCAAGAACUCCAAGCCCGGGCGCAUAUCCAGGAUCCUAGACUUCCUCCGCCACUCUGACGACAACGACGACGAGGUACACAUCAAAACGAUCCUCAAAACCUCCAUCAAACCAGCAUCUCACUUCUUCUCCUUCUUCUUCUUCUUCUUCUCAGUUUGACGUGCAUCUGACGCUGCUCCCCUCCGGCGAGCAAGAUCUACCUAGCUUGCCGCGGCCGCACCUCUGCUGCCGGCCGGCCGUCUCCGUCGCGCAUCUCCGCCAGGUGAGCUUGAUCUUCUCCCUCUCCGGUCAUCGCCGGGGACUUCUAACCGGCUCUGCGCUGCCGCAGUUCGUCGCGCUCCAUGCCCCGGUGGAGGCCGCAGAUCUGGAUAUCCUCGCUCGGCGGCCGGAGGCGGGCGGCAGUGGCGGAGCGGACCUCACGAAGGCGCUCCGCGUGGUGGAGCUCCAGGAAACCCUCGGCGGCCUCCGCCACGGCGGAGAUGGCGAUCUGGUGAGAUGAUACCCAGCCCCCGUCGUUACGAUUCAAAUUUAUAAUCCCAUAUCGUUUAUUUUUGCUUACGUGUCAUUCUUUCGACUUUUUGGGAUACACGUAGGUCUUGGUUUAUCGAUCGAAAUCCAGCUAG